AUGGCUUCUAACACAAGUUUCGUCUUCUUCACCGUCGCUCUUCUCCUCGUCGUCAAUAUCUCCGGCAGAACACUCCCGGCGACGGCAGAUUCCACCAACAUUGCGGCGAGGCUUACCGGAGGAGGACUUAUGCAAUGUUGGGAUGCUCUUUACGAGCUGAAAUCCUGCACCAACGAGAUCGUUCUCUUCUUCCUCAACGGCGAGGCCAAACUCGGCACCGGUUGCUGCAACGCCGUCGAAGUUAUCACCACCGAUUGUUGGCCGGCGAUGCUUACUUCUCUUGGCUUUACCUCCGAGGAAACUAACGUCCUUCGCGGCUUCUGUCAGUCUCCAAAUUCCGGUGGCUCUUCUUCUCCGGCGCCUUCUCCUGUCAAAGUUUGA